ACAAGAACAAGACAAAAAUAGCAUUAAUACAAAUUUGUCCAGUGGAGGAAGAGACUGAACGUGUCGAGCAUCGAAUAUCAAGCAUGUCUGUCCUCAUCUUGGCCGCUCUGCUUUCCUCUGUGACAUGUAGCAGUGCUGACAUAAGUGCCUCAGCCUGGGGACAACAACACUGUGUCAGUGGAUACUGUGUCACUCUCAAUGAGGGAGAAGUAACAGUAGAGGCUGGGCUCUGUGUUGUGAUCCCGUGUUCUUAUAGGACUGGUGAUGGCUUUACACCUAAACAUAUAGCUUGGUAUAAAUGUGAAGUAUCUGAACCAAGAUGUGGUGAUCCUAUCAUGAUAUUUCACACCAACAACAGCAUUAAAGUUCAGUCUGGGUUUAAAGGGCGAGUGUCCUUUUUGGAGCCUGAGCUGAGCCAGAACAACUGCAGCAUCUUCAUUAAUAAGCUAAAACAAUCAGAUUCUGGAUCAUAUCACCUCAGAGUUAUUGGUGAACUGAAUGGAAAACCUGAUGGAUUUUCAUUCUCUCCAAGAGUGACUGUUUAUGUAAAAGGUUUUAAGCUGAAGCCCACAGUAAUGAUUCCCACGCUGACAGAGGGACAGCAGGCCACACUGACCUGCACUGCUCCUGGUCUCUGCUCUGGAUCUGUUCCUGAAAUCACCUGGACAUGGAGAGGAGCAGGAGGGAUUGAAUCUUACAUUACAGGAAACAGCACUGAUUACAAGACUGAGAAUCUGACUGAUGUAACACAGAGUCCUGUCUCAACUUUGACCUUUAACCCAUCAGCUAAACAUCACAACACAAACGUCACCUGUAAGGUCAGUUUUACAGGUGAAACAAUUACAGAAGAGACUUCAACCUUGAAUGUUAACUAUUACAGGAAACCUCAGAUCACUGGGAGAACGGUCGUUAAAGAGGGAGAUGUUCUGAAUCUAACCUGCUGUAUUGAAAGUUUUCCUCCAGCUCUUAUUGUUUGGAAUACCUCCAACACAAACCUUCAUACUGGAACUUACACUGAUCUGCACAAUAACACUGGAUCAGCUACACAUGUCAUCCAGAAUGUGACUGCAGAAGAUUCUGGACAGUACAUCUGUACAGCAAAACAUCUGGACACAACUCUGACCUUAUAUGUUGAUGUGACGGUGACUUAUAAAAGGAGACCACUGAUAACUGGGAAUACAACUGUUAAUGAGGGAGAGGUUCUGAAUUUGACCUGCAGUGUUGAAAGUAUCCCUCCAGCUCUUAUUGUGUGGAAGAAAGUUAGUGACAACACAAAUCUUCGGAGUGGAAUUCACACUCAUUUGCACAAUGACACUGGAUCAGCAACACUUUUCAUCCCAAAUGUGACAGCAAAAGAUUCUGGACAGUACAUCUGUGCUGCAAAACAUCUGGACACAAUUGUGACCGUAAAUGUCAGUGUGACUGUGACUUGGCUAUCAAAUAUUCAAAAUGGUUCAGGAUGUGUGCUUCAGUCACAGGUCUUGACCUGUGUGUGUAUCAUUGAAGGGUUUCCUUUACCUACCAUCCAGUGGUUGCCCCUCAAGAACAACACUGAGUACUCUGUCAUUACUGCUGUGUCAAAUGACACAGUCAACAGCACUGUCAGCCUAAAUGUAGAAAAGCAUGGCAACAUCACUCUUGAAUGUGUCAGCAACAAUGGAAAUGAAGAAGCUAAAGAAAAAUUCACAAUCCACAACAACUCUAAAAAAUAUGAGCAACCGUUAGAUUUAAGCAAGGGAUACCUAAAAGUCAUCAUUGCCUUUUUGAUUGGGACACUUCUUACAGCAGUUGUUUGCUUUUUGGCCCAAAAGUAUUACAGAAAAAAACAGAAGAGCUCUGGAAACCUUCAUGAGACUUUGGAGAUGGACAGACGUCAAGAUGAUCCACAGGUAUAUGAUGGUUCCCUAUUAGAAGAAAAUCAGACUCUCAACUUAAACCGUGGACCAAAAGAAGUGGAGUAUGCUGACACUAAUUUAUCCCUUUGAAAAUAAAUAGUGCCAGGGAAGCAUUAAGGAGGAAAGCAAUAAAUGAUGCUCACAUUAAGAAAGUAGUACAAGAAGAAGGUGGAGAUGAUGGUGGAGAAGAAGGUGAAAGUGGAGGUGGUGGUGGUGGUACUGGAGAUAAAAGACUGUUUUCCAGAAAAGGAGGACGACAUAAGGAUAAGUAUUUGUUUUAAAUGUCCAUCUGGUCAGAAAAAAGUGCUUGUGGCCAAUAUGGUUCUCAGUUUCAGAAAAAUAUUAAAUAAUCAAAUGUUCCAGUGUCAGCUUGUCUCUCAAACUAUCUGAAAUAGCAUGAUAUUUUAGAAAAUGUCAUGGUUGAUACAAAUUUUAGAUAUGUCUUUAUUAUAUUAAAAUCUCCAGUUUAAUGUUAAUCUUAAAUCUGUAUGUUGUGGAAUGAUUUUUCCUGUUUUAUUGUUGACAUGGCAAAUGCCCACCCUGAGAUUGUCUUGUCAGAAACAUUGAAAAGAUAUAAUUAAAA